AUGGACAAGAAGGCUCGCUUUGGGAUGCUACAUCUCACCAACGCAUCUGCUGAGCCAGGAGGGCUGACCGUUGUCAUGUACGACGGGUCAAAAAUACCAUGGGAGACCAUCUCAGCUGCAACCAGCGACAAGAUACACAGUGACAACGCAGAAGAAAAGAGGAAGAGUACGAGAAUCCCUCACAAGACUCGACUCGACAAAGGGCCGUCAAGUGAUGUCAGGCUGUUCAAGCAAUGGAUCUCCAGCAACGUGGACGCUGGAGGGCCCGGCGACAUUUUCGCCUCUUGCACUGUGCUGCGAAGACUGGCUCAUGACAUGGCGGAGAUCGCUGGGGCUCAUUGCAACUACCGCUUCCUGUUGAGGAGCAGGACGGAGGCGGGCAUGCCUGUCAACUUCCUUCUCCUCUCCUUGCUGGGGCAGCGCAGCACGAUACUGUCCAACUGCCUGGGCAGCAUUAAAGACCCUGCCUUCUCGGAACCUCAAGACUCGGCGAUGGAGGAGACGAUUCCGAGGGACGAAGAAUGCUCGCACAUCCUCGAAGCCCUCCAGCAGAGCACCCUCCUCAUGCCUCCCACCCAGCGGAUCCUCAACGGCCUUCCCGUUGGAUUCUUACCCGUGUAG